CCAAACUAUUCUGCUCUCUUUCUUCAUUCCUCGUUCUGUUGGAGGCACAUCGCUAAUCUACUCCACUCUUGUCCAAUUUUUCUUUUAAUCGAUUUUCACACCAGUGUUUUAAUGUCACGUCGGGAAAGACGCUUACCAAAAUGGAGAUAUCGCAUACAUUCAGUUGGGACCUUGUCCUGAUUUUGGCAGCGGCACUUACGUCACCUGCAAUCACGGUGCUGUGUAAUGACAUCCUGGGUCUGAAGGUGGCAGGAGAUCCAGUGCUGACCCCUACCUCUGUCUGCCUGCGGCUGGCGGGCCUGAGCAAGCGUCAGAUGCGUCUGUGUGUUCGGAGCCCCGACGUGACGGCUUCAGCCCUGCAGGGCAUGCAGGUGGCCAUCCACGAGUGCCAGCACCAGCUCAGAGAUCAACGGUGGAACUGUUCAGCCCUGGAGAGCCUCAACAAGCUGCCCCACCAGAGCGCAAUCCUCAACAGGGGCUUCAGGGAGACUGCCUUCUCUCUGUCCCUGUUGGCAGCGGGUGUGGCACACUCCGUGGCUUCUGCCUGCAGCUUGGGCAAGCUCCGUGACUGCGGCUGCGAGGCCAAGCGUCGCCUGGACGAUGACAAGAUCCGUCUCAAACUCACCCAACUGCAGCUGCAGACCCUACAGAGAGGCGGGGCCAGAGCGGGCAUGGGAGGGGAUGGGGGAGGAGGCCUUCCCGCCCCCCAGGAUUUCAGAGAUGUGCCAGCCAGCCAGCGUUCUGGUUCUACCCACCCCACCUCCCUCCUCAAUCCCCUGCCAGAGGACUUCAGCCCCCAGCAGGAAACCUGGGAGUGGGGGGGCUGUAGCCAUGACACCCGCUUCGGUGAGAGAUUCUCCAGGGACUGGUUGGACUCCCGGGGAACUCCGAGGGAUAUCCACGCCCGCAUGAGGAUCCACAACAACAGGGUGGGCCGACAGCUUGUGACUGACAACAUGAAGCGGAGGUGUAAGUGCCACGGCACGUCAGGCAGCUGCCAGUUCAAGACCUGCUGGUACGUGUCUCCUGAGUUCAGGCUGCUGGGUUCUCUGCUGAGGGAUAAGUUUCUCACCGCCAUCUUCAUCAACUCCCAGAACAAGAACAGCGGGGUGUUCAACCCCCGGGUCGCAGCUGGCAAUGGAGCCUUGAAUGGGGUUAGGAACGGGGCCGGAGUAGGAUCCAGAUCUGGGUCUGGGGGCGUGGGUAGCCCAAACAAUGUGGGUCGGCGGAGGCCGAGUGUGUCACGGGAGCUGGUCUACUUUGAGAAGUCUCCAGACUUCUGUGAGCGGGAGCCGUCCCUGGACUCCUUGGGCACCCAGGGACGGAUCUGCAACAAGACCAGCCACAGCAUGGACAGCUGCGGGUCCCUGUGCUGCGGGAGAGGGCACAAUAUCCUGAAGCAGACACGUAGUGAGAGGUGCCACUGCCGCUUCCACUGGUGCUGCUACGUGCUCUGUGAGGAGUGUCGAGUCACUGAGUGGGUCAACGUCUGUAAGUAGACCAGUACCCUCCUGUACACACAAACCCACACAACUAAACCUUUCAUUUGGUAUAUGGGUAGACGAGGCCCAUCCAGGACUCUUACUUACUUAAUCAUCUUAAUGCUUUGGGAUGCAUGGGGCCACCACAAGAGAGAAAGAGUGCUACUAUUUCAAUGCAGCACUAGCAGCCAUCUUGGUAAGGGUUCCUGGUCAGACCACAGUCUUUGAUGUUCUUCUCAACUGUCCUCCAUGUUUCUCCUGGACAUUUUCAGGACACAGGAUGGCAAAAUCUAAAUCCACCCUUUAACUCUGUCCAAUGUACACACAUCCACCCAACCAAACCUUUCAUUUCAGUGUUUGUGUUUCUCUUUGCGUCAGUUAAGUCUCCCACAGAAUCGGUUUACCCCCCGCUUCUUCUUCUUCUCCUCUUUUUUUUCUUCUUUCCGUCAUCUGGGAUCUAUUUUCCCUUUGUUGCCUGUUGUUAUUCUCAAAAUGCCAAGUCAAAGAUUGAGGAAGAGGUGACUCAUGUCAUUUGUCUUUCUUUCCUCUGCCUGUUUGGAUGCAGCCCUUUCAGCCAUGAUAAUCAGAAUGCCCUGGACCCCAUCUGCUGUUCUGUUCUGCGCUCCCCUGGUCUCUGUUCAGAAACAAAGAACACUCAAACAGCAGUAAGGCAUUAUUAUUUCAACUAACUAAUGCCUAGGCUACUAUUACAGUGUACAGUUUUUGUGUAUAUGAAAAAUGUAUAUUAUUUUGGUGUGUGAAUUUAUUUAGACUCCGUUGCUUGGCAUCUGCUGUGUGGCACCAGUUUAUGAGAGGAACAUAUGAGACCCAAUGACUGAGUGUUUCUCUGCUCAGGAUGGUGAAAUUGAGCUGAAGUCGUAAUAGUCAACAAAGCCUGAACAUAACAGUGGGAUGCUGGAAAACAGAUAAGUCAUGUCACGAGUUCUGAUAUGGAAUGUGGGAAUAAACUCCAGAGGACGAUUAUACUCAUUGAACAUUUUGCACCUGCACCUCAAGACUAAUCGGUUUCAAUUCUUUCAUUCCGAUUCUUCAUUGCAUGAACCAGGAGGAACUAAGGAAACAGAACUAAAGAGAACCAGGCAUGAUGGUUCCUCAACGUGUUUCUACUACCAACGGAAUCAGAACCAGAGAGAACCAGGCAUGAUGGUUCCUCAACGUGUUUCUACUACCAACGGAAUCAGAACCAGAGAGAACCAGGCAUGAUGGUUCCUCAACGUGUUUCUACUACCAACGGAAUCAGAACCAGAGAGAACCAGGCAUGAUGGUUCCUCAACGCGUUUCUACUACCAACGGAAUCAGAACCAGAGAGAACCAGGCAUGAUGGUUCCUCAACGUGUUUCUACUACCAACGGAAUCAGAACCAGAGAGAACCAGGCAUGAUGGUUCCUCAACGUGUUUCUACUACCAACGGAAUCAGAACCAGAGAGAACCAGGCAUGAUGGUUCCUCAACGUGUUUCUACUACCAACGGAAUCAGAACCAGAGAGAACCAGGCAUGAUGGUUCCUCAACGUGUUUCUACUAUCAACGGAAACAGAACUAAAGAGAACCAGGCAUGAUGGUUCCUCAACGUGUUUCUACUACCAACGGAAACAGAACUAAAGAGAACCAGGCAUGAUGGUUCCUCAACGUGUUUCUACUACCAACGGAAUCAGAACCAGAGAGAACCAGGCAUGAUGGUUCUUCAACGUGUUUCUACUACCAACGGAAUCAGAACCAGAGAGAACCAGGCAUGAUGGUUCCUCAACGUGUUUCUACUACCAACGGAAUCAGAACCAGAGAGAACCAGGCAUGAUGGUUCCUCAACGUGUUUCUACUACCAACGGAAACAGAACUAAAGAGAACCAGGCAUGAUGGUUCCUCAACGUGUUUCUACUACCAACGGAAUCAGAUCCACAAGUCAUCUAGUGGGGACAGUUUUUUUGUGUCUAUGGAUUUUCUUGGAGAAGGAAACCCAUGUCUGGCUCUUGGUUGAGGGAUGUUUUCGACCUCUCGCCAUACUGAACUACAGGUCAUUUAGGGAAUACUGCACCUAGAACUGUACCACUCAUAACCAGGAAAUGACCACACACACUGUAUUAUUGCUGUUUCUUUUGUUUUGUGAUUAUGUUUUAUUUAGUGAAUCAAUAUAAUUAUUAUGUCUCAAAUAUGCCUCUGCUUAUUGUUGCCGGACGGAAAUUGUCUCAUUCCAUUGUGAGAACAGCGGUGAUUAUAGGUCUCUGCAUUUCUGAUAAGUUUCAAUGCUAUGAAAUGUGUAGGAAGUAGUAUAUGUGUCCACUUUGAGAGAAAGGUAGAGAAUUGGCACACAUGGAUUGAGUAUAUCAAACCCAGGCAAGGCAUGCUCCAUUCCCAUGACCUGGAUUAGGGAGCUAGGUGGGGUGGGGUGCGGUGUGGGAGGGUUGGAGGUUUUGGGCAUAACCCACUUGGAACAACUGGUUGAAUUAACAUUGUUUCAACGUAAUUUCAACGUAAUUUGUCAAUAUAUUGUGACGUGGAAUCUAUGUGGAAAAAACAUUUGAUUUGAAAAAAGUAAAAAUAUAUUUUUUCUAUUAAAUAGGCACAUUCUCCUCCUCUCCCCCGCAACUCUUCCCCACAACUCUUCCCCAGGUCCUUAGUGUACAAGAGAAAGUAGUGCACUAUGUUUUCUGCCAAUAUGCCUGGUAAAAUAAUGGUUAAUAAACAACUCUAAGGUGGGCCCUAUAAAAUGUGUACUUUUCCCCCCAAAAUGAUCUUUUAUGUUUGCCCAAAUUAUGUUCUCGCAGUUUUAUUUUUUCCUCUUUUUAGAUUUUCUGUCUCUUUUUUUUUUCACUCUCAAAAUUACAAUUGUUUAUAGAGAAACAACACAGUUGGAUGUUCUGAGCCCAUGUCAAUACUUAAAUCACAUAAGAAGACAAUUUUUUAGGUCUGGAAGAAAAUUAACACUUUUUUAAAUGUAAUUUUUUUUGUGUAAUUCCCCUUUAAUUGCGCACCUGGCCAUUUAAUUCCGCACAUCAAUGACCACAUUUUGAGGUUACUGUAACUAUACAUUUCUUCUUAUGUAAUCAUAUAAAGCAUGCAUGUUCACAAGAAAGUAAGUACGCAUCCUAUAUACGGGGUCAGUUCCAGUACCACAUUUACAAUGUGCAGAGAUACUGGAGUGAUGAAGGUACAUACACUGCUGUUGAAAAGUUUGGGGUCACUUAGAAAUGUUCUUGUUUUUGAAAGAAAAGCACAUUUUUUGGUCCAUUAAAAUAACAUCAAAUUGA